AUGCUUAGAAACAAUGGAGUGGAGCCACUGUGUCUUCUCCUUCAAGUAUUUAUAUCAAAGAGACUGAAAUCUGUUGGAUUCUGUUUUUGCAAAGUAAACAGUGUGGAAUUGUGGAGUAAAAUAUUUUGUUCCUUGUUACCAUUACAAGAAAAUGGUUGCAACAGUACUGAGAUAGAAAAGGAGGGAAGUGUUCCUUUUGAAGACAAUGAUAAUCCUCAUCAGUCCCUACCAUGGAAAUUAAUUAGUGAAGUGGGAAAUUGCACAUCUCCUCCAAGUGUCUUAGGUGAUGUCAACAUUUAUGAGUUUACUGAUGAUGACUUGUCGGUUUUUCCAAAGAGAUGUAGAAAAUUCUCUGAAUCAUCCUGGAGUAGUUGCACUGGAUGUUUACCUCAGUUAGGCACAAGUGAAGCCUCUUCAAGUUCUAGUCCAGAUCUCUUUGAUGCAGUGUUUAACUGCUGUAACCAUGGACGGGAUUGUAAAGAAGUCCCAAGAGAGCUUUUGCAAGUAAAUGACAGUCAACAAGACACAGAUAAAACCUCAGACCACUGUCAAGUUAUCCCUAUAGCUACUAAACCUACAAAGCCACUUUCACUGUUUCACAGUUUAUCAAAUGUUGGCUGCUCUUUAGUUCAUUUUGAGCUGACUGCCUUCUGGCUGCAUCAAGAUCUCCUUGAACUGUUUGUUAAUAGUUUAAAAUGUUGGACAAACUUAAAGUCACUGACACUUGAAGACAAUGGUCUAAGCUUCCAGCCUCUGAGCUUAUCACAGAAGUUAAUGGAUACACUUUAUCUCCUCUGCACACAAGGAGAACUGCAUUGCCUGAAAAUCACAAAUAACCUAGUGAGUGAUAGUAUCACAAAGUUUCUUGUGGAAAAAUUAGUUGGUUCAUUUUGCUGCAAGUGUAACCAAGAGUCCAAGUCUUUGACAAAGUUCAAACUUUCUUCCUUUCAAGUUUCUGAAGCCUUCUGUGCACAUUUAAGAACAGCAAUAAAAGAUGUUUGUUUUUGUUCACUAAAUAAUUUAGAGACAUCUUCUACACAUAAAUCCAAGACAACAGAUAGUGAAGAUUCUAUCGAAUCAGAAUGCAUGGAUCUGGGUAUUUCCUUGGGAAGUAAAAGAAAAACAAAAUUUCAGGUUCCAGUUAAAAAUAAGAGAUUCACAUGGCAUAUUAAUGGUUCCUGUGUAAACAAUGAAGCUGACAACUGUCAAGAAGGCUGCUCAAUUAGGGAGACAUGUUCUUGCCAUGAAAGUUUCAAUGAGCCUGGCAAUGGUGACUUGAACUUCAUUAACAAGAAUGACAACUGUACAAAAACACCUUUUGAUCAGAAUUGUCCAGGAUCUUUUGAAGCAGCAUCAAACAUGGCUAACUUCACAGAAAUUCCGGCUUUAGAUUCCAGUAAAAUCAUCCAGUUUAAUGGCUUCAAUUCCAAAGAGUUUGUUGGCAUCCAAGAACUGCGAUUGACGUGUCCAGUUGGGGAUAGAGGAGCAAGCUUGAUCUCUGAUGGACUGCAAAGUAAUAGCUCACUUCUUUCUCUCAGUUUAGUCAAUUGUAAUAUCUCAACUGCAGGGCUAGGAGACAUCUUUAAUGCCAUAACAGGUACGACUAUUUUACACAUUACAUGCUAACAACACUGACUAUAAUCCUAUUUACAGAUUUUUUCAAAAUAUUUCAACAAGAGAGUGAAUGGAUGAGAACACAAAAAGGAAGAGACUUUAUUGUUAUUGUCGCUUAGUUUUUAUGUAUAGAUCAGCUUAAGUAAGAAGAGAAAAUUAAUAGAAGGUACAACAGGCUAUGAUGACUGUGUUUAAUUUAACAUGCAAUAUUGGACAUAACCCUUCAGCCUUAAGCCUUUUCUCAGACUCCGCAAUUAUAUUUAUCUAAAGGAAUUUUACCGGGCUUUUAAAGUUACAUAUUACGUUUUCACUGUUGAUCUCAAUAUUCUUUCAUGGUAUAAUUUUGCUCUUUGAUCAGGUCACAGAUCUCUGAAACACCUGUCUGUCAAAGGCAACAGAUAUGAUCCCAGUAGAAAUAACAAGCUGGCAGAGAUGUUAACAGUGAACAAAACACUCACAGAUUUGAAUCUCAGCAGUUGUGGACUCGGAGGUAAAGCUAAGAAAGUACUUCAGUGUUGACAAUUGCCAUUUUUCUGUUUAAUAUGUGUAUUAUUUGAUGUUAGUUCUGCUUGGUACAAUUGUAUUAAAUUUUUCUCUGGGUCGCUGACGUGGUUUUAAUCCUCUUUUUAAACACCAACAUUCUUAAAUUCCUAUUUUUGUUAUUAGAGAUGGAAAAUGGUGUUCAAAGAUUUGAUUAGAACCUAUGAUCUGCAGGUUCCAGAACCAGCAUUGUUGUUGUACGAUUGUUGGCGUUGUUUUUUUUGUAUAAUUGUUUCAGUUAUGAGGCAUGCAACGUGGGGCCUCCCACUUGCUUUCACUCACUGAAAAAUGGAAAAACCUGUUCUGCAUGCUCCCAAUCAUCUGUGAAUGCACUUCCAUAAGUCUGGGGAAGAAUAAUCAUUUAUUCAUAUAAUUAUCAAAGUUAUAUGCACAUGUCAGCACAUUGUAAUGGUUGACAGUGUAAGUCAUUAUAACAUAUUAAGCUUCGUGUUUUUCAUUCUUUAUUCUAUAUCAGUUUCAGAUUCAGAGUUCUUUGGUGACAUAAUUCAUGCCUUGUGCAUCAACAGCACCUUAACAAGCUUAAAGCUGGGAGGAAACAUUUUAGGUGAGCUUUUUCAAGUCUGUGCAUGUAGUCAAACCUCAAUUAAAUCAUCAAAACAUUGCAGUAUGCUGACUCAACCAGGGCUGUCUGCCUUCCUGGGCACAGGGUUGCUUCCCUGGCUAAUUUCAUUGAAGGAAAAGAAUAGAAGGAAAAUAGAACCAAACAAAAUCCCACACCGUGAGCUGUUUAAUUCCCCAUCUACCUGUUGUGCAUUAAUAAAAAAAUUUUCAUAAACACAGAAAUUUGAAAACUUAGCGACAGCCUUACACAACAGUACUUGUAAAUUAAACAUGGUCACUUUCUUCAAAUACAUGUAGAUCAUAAUCACAAAUAAUUUUAGUUAAGAAAUGAAUGCUUAUAAUAUACAGGGUAGUUGCUCACAUUGGUUCACCGAUACACAAGUUUGGCAACUGCUGGCAUAUAUGCUCAGACUUUCAAAUGACCAUGCCGUAAAUGUUAUUGCCAACCCUAGAAAAAAAGUGUUGUUUUCUUCUUUGUUACACCAUGCUUACUUUGUUGUGUGGUGUUGUUUUUGUUGUGCAGGUGAUGCUCACAUUGCUGUUUUAUCACAAGUUUUCACUCAUCCAAGCAAAACUUCAGGAAUAAACAAAUUAGAAUUAAGGUAUGUUGAUGUAAUAGUUAUUAUUUUCAUCUACAUGUAUUAAUGGAAGACUUACUGUAAAAUUCCGAAAAUGAGCCCCGGGGCUUACAUUUUUCAAAGGCCCUUUUUGAGGGGCUUAUUUUUGGAGGGGCUAAGGUGUACGAAGGGAAAUUUGCGUUUCAAAAUCGAUUGGGCUAGCUUGUAGUGGGGAGGAAAUUUACCAUUUUUGCUUUGUUUUUACUUUGUAUUUUAGGGCAAAUUCCAAGUACAUUAAGCCCCCUGGGUGCACAUAAAUUUGGAGGGGCAAUUUAACAGAGGGUUUUCUGUGUUACAAUUUUUUUGGGGGGGGCUUAUAAUUAUUUGGAGGGGCUUGAUUAUUUUCGGAAUUUUACGGUCAAUCGCUAGUUUGUUUUAUUAUGAAAGAUACUUUUUAAUAAAUAGGACAUUAUUAGCAAGUUGCUUCAAGCACCAGUCUUAAGGUGGGUGAAUACAGUUUUGGCAGUUUGUGAGUGUAUGUCAUUUGCCAAAUCAUGGCAAGAGAAAGGUUGCAGCUCACAAGCUGAAACUUGGCAAGUAAAAAAUAUACUGAUGAAAGAUUUUGAUUGUUUCCAUGGCAACAUGAACAAUUGAAUACAACCUUAACAUUUCACUUUUGCUCAAUUUACAUGAAAUUCGCACUUGAGAUUUUCCUACAAAACUUAUUUGACCAAAUUUUAACAGACGAGUUUAGAUAAUCAUACUAUUAUUGUACUGUAUUAAUUGUUAAAUGUGUCACAAAAUUCAUCUGUUCGACUUCCAUUUGACAGUUCUCAUUAUUUAAAAUGCGAUAAAAGUAUAAAUUCUGCCAAAUGUUACAAAAUUUUAAUGAGUAGAUUUGUAGAAAUUGUUUUCUGUGUACCAAAUGUUGCUUUUUUGCCACCAUGUUUGUUUGUCCCAUUUAAAACACGCGCCGUCACGCAAGUUACCCUUGACUGCCCGCAAAACUGUGUUUAGCCACCUUAAAGCAAGGCUAGUGCAAAGUCAUUGAUAUGAAAACGAUUUUUUAUUCUCAUGCUCAUAAAACUCAUUUUCAGUCAAGAAAGAUUUUGCAUUUAGCCUCAUUUUAAAAGACUGUGGAGGCAUGUGUGGCAAAGCAGUUUUAACUGCUAAAACUACUCCACCUCUGAGUCUGGAUGUCUGGGGUUCAACCCCUGCCUAUCACGUUGUUUCUUUAUAGACAAGGAGCUUUACUCCACUUUGUCUCUUUUCACCUAGGUGUAUAAAUUAAUGGGUACUGGCGACGUGGUGCUGAGGGGUAACCCUGUGAUGGACCAGCAUCCCAUCCAGGGGAGACUAGCAAUAUUCUUAGGCAUGCUUCAUGCUAAAGAAACCAAAAUAAGCUCCAGCCAUUUGGUCCUUUAACUUGUGGGUGCCUUUGCCUUUGUAACCAGCUUCUUUUUUUGAAGUGAGAGUUUUUGGAACUUGGUAAUGGCCUCUUGAGAGGAACUCUGUGAACUGAAUCUGUGAAUUUCAACAGUUACUGAGGUGCCCUGUUUAAUGACAUUUAUGGGAAAUUAAGAUUUCCUAGUAACCCAAUGCAAGAGCAAAAGCAAGCUACCAACGGAAACAGGCCAGGGGGCUGCUUGCACAGAACUGCAACAUUACUGUAGCAUACAUAAUUAUGAUCCAAAAUUAUAAUCUUCCUUAUUUAUUUUCUUUCCUCCUCAUAGCAACAACCCCAUAUCAGUGGAAGGUUUGUCAGUUUUAGCCUCAUCUCUGGAGUGCAUUAAACCAAGAAAACUGGAUGAACUCAAACUGACAACAGCAAAUAUUCUGGGCUCAAAACCACAUUUGCAGGUCUUGUCAAAUCUCCAAUGUGUGGUGCGCACUUUAAUAGUAGAACACUUGGACAAGGCAACCUUAUUUGCAGAUUUCUUGAGUCAAAUGUGAAUGCAACGAUGCCCGAACUUCAUG